AUAAGAAUCCUUCCUUUGCCAAAGCUCUGGGAAAAGGCCCUUGAGUUAGUGAAGGAUCACUGGCGCCUUGUGAGAAUCAGAAAUGGCUUCAGGGGAUUCGGGAAGUUUCUGGGAACUACGGCUCACUGACUGAGCUCUGCUUCCAACGGGCCUUGGGGAUGAAGGCUGCCGGUGUCUUGGCCCUGAUUAUCAGCCUCAGCAUAGUUGCAGAAUCCAAACUCUACACUCGAUGUAAACUGGCAAAAAUAUUUGUGAAGGCUGGCCUGGACAAUUACGGGGGAUUUAGCCUUGGAAACUGGAUCUGCAUGGCAUACUAUGAGAGCCGUUACAACACCUCAGUCCAGACUCUCCUGGAUGACGGAACCGUUGACUAUGGCAUUUUUCAGAUAAACAGUUUUACGUGGUGCAGAAGUGACAGAAUACGACAGAAGAAUCACUGCCACGUUGCCUGCUCAGCCUUGAUCACUGAUGACCUCACAGAUGCCAUUCUCUGUGCCAAGAAAAUUGUUAAAGAGACACAAGGGAUGAACUAUUGGCAGGGAUGGAAGAAACACUGCGAGGGUAAGGACUUGUCUGAGUGGAAGAAAGGCUGCGAGGUCUCCUGAUCCGGAGCAGGGGCGAGGAUGCUUUGCCGCGACUUCCCAGAUUUGUAAUGAGUAUGUACCCCUUCUCCGCACAGCAUCCCUUCUCAGAGCUGGAGAGGGGAUCCAAGCUGUGUUUAAAGGAAAUAAAUAUUUCCGUUGAUAUGUC